AUGCUGUCGUCAGAAUCCGGGGAGCUCCGGGAGCCGCUGGGGCCGGCGCCGGAGAAGGCGGCGGAGAGGGUGACGGUGGACGAAAUGCUGCAGAAGUAUUGCGGUGAGUUCGGGCGGUGGCAAAUAAAUCAGUUUCUUCUGAUCAGUUUGUGUUGGAUUCUCGACGCCUUCCACACCAUGGUCAUUAUCUUCGCCGACCGCGUGCCGGACCGCCGCUGCCUCACCGGUUGCGCCGCCGCCGGGAAUAAUGAUGUGUGUGGGCUUCCUCCCGGAUCGUGGGAGUGGGUCGGCGGCGCCGGCAGCUCCACGGUUUCGGAGUGGGGAUUGAUUUGCGGUGAGAAGUACAAAGUUGGGCUCUCCCAAGCCAUGUUCUUUGUCGGCGGCAUGAUCGGAGAUGCCAUAUUUGGGAUAAUCUCAGACUCUACCUUUGGGAGAAAACGUUCCCUUGUUGUAGUUUGUGCAUUCAACGCCAUCUUUGGAUGCUUAACUGCAUUCUCUCAGUCGUACUGGAUCUAUACCUUCCUUCGGUUCCUCACCGGCGUCACGACCAGUGGCAAUGGCCUCUGCGUCUUCGUUCUCACCACCGAACCCAUUGGCCCUUCCAAACGCGGCACCGUUGGAAUGUCCUCCUUCUACUUCUUCUCCAUUGGUAUCGCCAUUCUUGCCGCUAUAGCUUACUUCUUCCAAUCAUGGCGAACACUCUACAUUGCCUCCUCAAUUCCCUCCUUCUUUCUACUCGUCCUCCCUUUCAUCUCUGAGUCCCCGAGGUGGUAUCUUAUACAUGGAAAGAUGAAGGAAGCCAUGAGCGUGAUGACAUCAAUUGCUGAAUCAAAUGGAAACACAAUUCCUGAUGGAGUGAUGCUGGCGCUCGAUAUGGAAGCAAACGACGACGUUUUGCAACAAGCAAGAGGAAAGAAGGAAACGACGACGUUGAGUAACCUAAUGGAUGUGAUGAUCCACUCGCCCGGGGUGCGUGGGCGUCUGUUUCUUGCAUCUAGCAUGAGCUUCAUGUGCGCUGUCGUGUACUACGGAUUAAGCUUGAAUGUUGUCAACUUAAAGACAAAUCUCUACCUUACUGUUGUCCUCAAUGCCAUCGUCGAGGUACCGGCCUUUGUGGUAACGGCAGUGUUAGUCAACAUUCUAGGAAGAAAAGGGGUGGGGAUUUUGACGUUUUGGUUCAGCGGUUUUUUCUGCUUGGUAGGAAGCUCGUUGAGUAGUGACGGUGGUUGGAAAACGACAAAGACGGUGUGCGGAGUAUUGGGAAUGUUUGGCAUGGCUGGAAAUUACAGUCUACUAUUUUUAUACUGCGCAGAAUUGUUUCCGACAGAGGUAAGAAAUACAAUGGUGGGAUUGACAAUGCAGGCAAUUGAAUUGGGGGCCAUAUUAGCGCCAUUUUUGGUGCUUUUGGGCGAGCGGUUGCCGUUAAUGGUGUUUGCUGUUUCUGGGAUCGUCGGUGGGGUGAUCGUAAUUUUCACACCGGAGACGAUGAAUAAGCCUUUAUACGAUACCAUUGUUGGGAUGGAACGAGGGGAAGCAAAUACUUGACUCCUUAACAAAAGAAUUUUGUUCUCACCCCCGUUAAAUGUUGGACA